AUUCGUUCUAUCACGCACUUCAUCUUGCGUUAAGCAAAGUUGACUUUCAUUCACAAGACAAGUCUACUGAGUAUAGCAAAUUACAGAAUCAAAAAUCUCUCCCGAAGCCCGUCAGCAGCGUACCAUUAGCUGUGUUCCAACCUUGCAAGCUUUAUCGCCGGCGAGCGCUUACGCCCCACCAAUACUUGCGAUCCCCUCAUUUUCCUCGCCAGUUCCCCGCCAGAUUAGGUGAGGCUGCAACUGCUCGAUCUUUGCUUUUUCUUCUUCCUUUUAUAUCUCUGCUUCGUGUCGCUCCGGCUGGACCCUCUUGGGAAAUCGCCACUGUUCUUAGGCCGCCAUAAUCUGAAUUCUCAUUACAUAGUCUCGUCUUUGUACAUGCCUAGCAAGAAGAUCUGACCCUUCUUGGCUCCUCUGACGGACUAUAACACGUUUCCUACUGCUGAACCCGUCGCGACACCUCGUACCACCCUCAAGCUAUGGCUUCCAACCGGUCACGCCGGAUCGCUAAGGAGAUCGCCGACAUUCACGCAGACACGCAUUCGCAGAUCACCGCGGAGCCGAUAGGCAACGAUGACGAUAUCACACAUCUUCGCGGGUCCUUUCCUGGUCCGCCAGGCACGCCGUACGAAGGUGGAACAUAUGCAGUGGACAUCAAGAUCCCCACCGAGUAUCCGUUCCGGCCACCAGUGAUGAAGUUCCACACCAAGGUCUGGCAUCCUAAUGUCAGCAGUCAAACGGGAGCUAUCUGUCUAGACACUCUAUCAACUGCUUGGUCGCCGGUCCUGACCAUCAAAUCCGCGCUCCUCUCGCUGCAAUCCUUAUUGAGCACGCCGGAACCCAAGGACCCGCAAGACGCAGAGGUCGCCACAAUGCUGUUACGCAACCCGAAAGAGUUCAACCGGAAGGCCCAGGAGUGGGCGAUAAUAUAUGCGGGAGCGCCUAAGAAACACGCCGGGGAAGGCAGUGGUGGUGCAACCGACGAGACCCUGCGAGAGUUAGAGCUCAAGUCCAAGGCAGAACAGGAGAAGGAGGACCUGGCCAAGUACGACGGCUAUAACAAGGACCUGAUCGACCGCUUCUGCAGCAUGGGCUUCGACGUCGACCGCGUGGUCGCUGCUUUCAAAUAUUAUGGUAUCGACCGCAUGGAUGGCGAGGAUUAUGAGCUGGAAGAGGCGUAUAUGGGGGAUGUCACUGCACGGCUGCUGGGUGAGCCAUAAACGAGGCUUAGACAGACAACACGACAGACAAUUCCGGUCCGAUGGAGGGAGAGUGGUUGUUUGGCAUCGCUUUAUCGUCAAGAUUUGAGAUUAUGUUGUUCGAUCGAGCGCUUUGUUUCUCAUUUUGGACUCUUUCAUAUAUCCCACUUUUCCACUCAUGUGCGUUAAUUAGCAUCUAAUGUUUCAGUUAGCAGUUAGCCAGAAGACAUGUGAAUCUAAG